ACUGUCUCACUGACAAUGUGCCGAUACCCUACCAAGAUCUGCAAGAAAGUUAGAGGAUUGGAACAAUACUCAUUGAGUACAUUGAGGCGUGAUAUCUCAAUGUAGUGAAUUAGAUGUGUUUGUAUAUAAUAAUGAAAGCUUAUUCACAUGGAGCAGAUCUUAGUUGAAUGACUACUUCACUGCUGGCAGUGGCUAAUAUCCAAACCCAAUACUCCUCUUCUAACCUGAGAGCUCAUCUACCUUGGCAUUGUCAACGCCGCAGCCUACAGUAUCCCUGUUCUAAAGCAUAUCUCCACCUCUUCAAGCAGAAUCAUGGAAUCACGAAUGCUGAGAAUGGCCAAGCAAUCACGCCUAAAGAUAAAUGGGAAAGCAACAAGAACCAGAGAGGCAAGAGUAUUCUAACACUUGCCGAAGCAAUCAGAGAUAUGGCUGUCGCAUCCUGGCAAAAUCUGACCUCGCCACUGCAAGAAAGUGAGGUGGGACUUACGGGACGGAGCUCAAUACUUCACGAAGAAACAACGGAAAGCGUGGGCAAGUGGCUUUGCGCUUGUUGGCCUUUUACAAGCAGAGGUGCUGGCAUGGUCACCGGUAGUGAGGCCAAGCAUGCAGACCUUCCCAGGAUUCUUGUGAACCGGCCCGAGAAGCAGUCUACAAUAAGUGACAGUUGAACAAGUUAUAUCUGGCGUAUAAACCUCAUCUACCUACAACCAAGUAAUAUAGAAGGCUAAUCGUAUAUAUCUAUUACUAUACAUAGGGC